GUUGCCCGUGAAGCCUUCCGGACGGGGAUCGAUCCGAGCAGUCGCAUUUCGCCAUGUCGAGUGGGCUCUACACGGUGUUCGACUGUUUGACGGAAGGGAUACCCUUUGCAGCGAGGCUCCUGCACGAGGUGGUGCACCACUGGGCACAGGGUGCCCGCGAGCUGGCCACGUUCGGAGCCGGCGACGAGCUUGUUCUGGGACUCAACUUCCUGAGGCGCACAGGCGUGGAGCAGAGCAUCCCUUGGCGCAAGCACUCCCGCGCCUCCGUGCAGGUGCUGCUGGACAACUUGCAGGCCUCCUGGGUCAACGACUCGGACCUGAGCCCGGAGGAUGUCGCGGCCCAGGGCAGCUCCAUGGAGAUCCUGGAGAGCUUGCUGGCAUCGGAGGCCGCGCUCCUCACAGGGGACGCUCUGCAGACAGCGAUUCAGGUUUGGACGUUCCGCCCACGCGAAGUCCUGCGUGCCCUCGCCAACGGGGCCCAGCGCUUGAUCUCCGCCGGCGUGGAUGUGACGGUUGUGACGUUGAAUCAGGCAGAGAGGACGGGCAAUGCCGCCGUGCCGGGCGUCAAGGAGGUGUGCGUUGCUGGCACGAAGUCCGCAGUGCUGCGGUUUUUGCGGAAGCGGCUCUUGGUGCAGAUUUCUCUGGACCUGCAGUUGCCGCAAACCUUGACGGCCCCAGUGGCCUGGGCAUUGGGCGACGUGCACAUGGAAUCGGAGCCUUGCUUCAAGACGGUCCGUUGCAUGUGCUCCCCGGUGAUCUUCAUGGUGCCCGGCCAGCAGGAGGCGGCCACGGCGCGCCUGGCGCGGUGUGAGUUUUACUUCCGCCGGCUGGUCAAGCGCGAAGGCAUCGAGGCCUGGCACCUCUACGGCGUGCCUUUGGUGGUGCACGCAGAUGAGAAGCCGGGCCUCGCAACCAGGCUGAUGGACCGACAGAAUUCGCCACUGGACUUUGGCAGCUUUACAGAGCACCUCGCGCAAGGAGUGGCCGCGCUCUACGUCUCCAAGGUGUGCCCACUGGAGCUGCGUGUAGGCACGCAGCACUUCACCUGGCUCGCCACAGCGCCUUCGGGCGCCUCCUCACCUGUUCUGGUGCUUCAGGGCUUGGCCGACCUCCACAGCGCGAUCCUGCCCGCAUUGCAGGAGAAGGAGCCGGUCGAUCCAGUUGAGGAUUCGGUAGGUGACGCCGCCUGGCAACAGCUGGGCUUCUACAACCCCCUCUCUUUCCACAUGACAACACCCACUGCCGCUGGGCAGGUGGUGGAGGCCAUUUGGGUUUCCUCUGAGGCGGCGAAAGCGCGGAAGGGCAAGGGCAAAGGUGGCAAAGGUGGCAAAGGCGCCAAAGGCCGCGGCGCUCGACGCCAGGCCCCGAGGCUGGAGGCGGCCGAGGCGCCGCAGCCGCAAGUGCCGAAGAGGCCGCUUCCGGCCAGCGCGGCGCCUUCGGUGUCUCGAAUCCGCUCCGAGGGCAGUUUGGCGCAGCUGGCGCCCAUACUGCAGCAGCCGCCCCGGCGCCGGCUUCGGCCCACCAAGAGCAACUCAGGGAGCCUGCUGACGGAGGAAGAGGUGGCACGUCUGGCAGAGGGACUCUUCGACCUUUGAGCGCAAGCGCUUGGAUCGGCAAAACGUGUAGGAAAGGAGCGGACACAUCCCGUCAUGCCACCUCCGCUUCCUUCUGCUUCUGCCUACCUCAUCUCUCUUUCCGAUGUAGACUCAAGACCCUUGAAGAUAGGGGCGGAGGUAGAAAGAGAG